AGAGUGCUAGAAGCCAAGCGCAGAGAACUAGAUCGAUUGGAGACUAUUAAGAAGCUAAAGGCUGCCGAGGCACGACAGCAAGUAUAUGACCAGAGUAUACAUUCAUGUCCGGCAACUAAGGGCGACGGCUCAGAUGAAGAAAUAAAUGUUCUUCUCCAUCGUGUCUCUGUGAAGAAAGAAGAAGUCAAGCCUCAAACUAGCCCACUGCGGCACCAUUCUACACCACCAGCUGUAGCACAAGCAAGGCAAGAAAACAAAUAUGAAGAUGGCACAACAGCUCUCGUCAAAGCGCUCGCAGAAGCCAUCAGUGCGAGUCGCAUUCCUCUACCUGAACCUACAGUGUUCAGUGGUGACCCACUCCGAUUCAACGACUGGAAAGUGUCCUUUCAGACGCUCGUUGACAGGAAGAACAUACCAGCUGAAGAGAAGAUAUAUUAUCUACGCAAGUAUGUGGGUGGAUCUGCUAAAAGGGCCAUAGAGAGCUACUUUUUACUUGGCACAGAGCCAGCAUAUUAUGCAGCAUGGGACAUCCUAGAAGAGCGAUACGGCAAUCCAUUCCUCAUCGCCAAGGCCUUCAGAGAGAAGCUCGACGCGUGGCCCAAGAUAAGCUCCAAAGGCAGCAUGGAACUUCAAGAACUCGCCGACUUCCUGCGCUGCUGUGAGGCAGCCAUGUCUCAGAUCAGAGGUCUUGAAAUACUUAAUGAUUGCAACGAGAACCAGAAAAUUCUCUCUAAACUCCCAGACUGGGUGACUUCAAGGUGGAAUAGGAAAGUCAUAGAAGCAGAAGAAGACACUCACAUGUUCCCGAGCUUCAGCCAGUUUGUCAAGUUUCUCACACGUGAAGCUAAAAUCGCUUGCAGCCCAAUAACAUCUCUUCAUGCUCUUAAGCCAAGUGAAAGGAUUCCAGACAAGUGUGUAAAGAGCGGAGGUCCUGGAGCAAAGGUGUUAGCAACCACCUCAGAUGAGAAAGCCGUCGUCACAAGCUGUGUCUUUUGUGAGAAGGCAGGACACAGUCUACAAAGGUGUUACAAGUUUAUGCAAGGGACAAUCUUGGAGCGAAUCAAGUUUGUUCAAGAAAAUAAAUUGUGUUUUGGCUGUCUCAAAUUUGGCCACCGAUCUAGAGAUUGUAGAGAAAGAGACAGCUGCGACACCUGUGAGAGAAGACACCCAACUUGUCUUCAUGACGAUCGCACCAAGGAAGAAAGGAUGUCUACAAGAUCUGACAGAGCAAGGUACAGUGACAAAGACAAAGAAGAGUACAAAGAAAGGAAGAAUGAACAGUCACAAGACCAGUCAGAGAGACCAUCACGUGAGGCGACGGCACUUAGAGUCAUCCAGAAUGUUGGAGACACGCAUACCUCCACAAUAAUUCCAGUGUGGGUGUCAUCUACAAGUGUACCAAGUCGUGAAGUUCUGGUGUACGCACUCCUUGAUACACAAAGUGACACAACCUUUAUCCUCGACGAGACAGCGAAGGCUCUCAAUGCUAGGAGUGAACCAGUUCAGCUAAACCUCUCCACGUUGGCUUCAAGAAACACAAUCGUGUCCUGUCGGAAGCUAGCUGGUCUACAAGUUAGAGGUUUUUAUUCAGACAAGAUAAUCACUCUUCCAGUGACUUACUCAAGAGAGUUUAUCCCUGCAAACAGAGACCAUAUUCCCACACCAGAUACGGCGAAAGCAUGGCCUCAUCUUGAACACAUUGCAGAUGAGAUCGCUCCUCAGCAAAGCUGUGAUGUCGGCCUGUUAAUUGGCUACAACUGUGCCCAAGCCCUCGUUCCAAGACAAGUGGUGCCUGGUGAGGAACACCAGCCGUUUGCACAAAAGACAGACUUGGGCUGGAGUGUAGUGGGAUAUGGCAACCCGUGUCUCAACUAUGGAGAUGCAAUUGGAAUAAGUCACCAAGUCAUGGUGAAGCAAGUGAUGCCAGGUCUACCGUCCUCUUCAGACCUCACAAAGGAAGUGCACUAUGUCUGUAGGACACAGAUCAAAGAAGUUCUCUUACCUGCAGAUGUCAUCAAGAUGCUGGAGUCUGACUUCGUUGAAAGAGAGUCGGAAACCAGCCCCAUCUCUCAAGAAGAUCUAAGGUUCCUGUCAAAAAUGGAAAAGAGCAUCAAGUUAAAGAGCGACGGUCAUUACGAAAUGCCGCUGCCAUUCAAGAAAGAAAGACCUAACUUACCUGAUAAUAAGAUCUGUGCUAUCCAUCGUCUCAGGUGCCUAGAAAGAAGGCUGAGAAGAAACGACCAGUACUACAAAGACUACAAGACCUUCAUGGAUGAGACCAUAAGACGCGGAGAUGCAGAAAGGGUCCCGGAGGAAGACAUCCACAAAGCUCCAGCUUGGUACAUUCCGCAUCAUGGGGUGUAUCAUCCACAAAAGCCUGGGAAGAUACGCGUUGUCUUCGAUUGCUCCGCCAAGUACCAAGGAACGUCCUUGAACGACCACCUCCUGACGGGUCCUGAGUUGACAAACACCUUGGUGGGAGUUCUGUAUCGCUUCCGAAGAGGUCCUGUGGCAAUCAUGUGUGACAUCGAACGCAUGUUUCACCAGUUCCAUGUUAAGGCAGAAGACCAAGAUUACCUGCGGUUCCUUUGGUGGGACAAUGGAGAUCUCGAAAGCCAACCUUCCAUCUAUCGGAUGAAAGUCCACUUGUUUGGUGCAGCAUCGUCACCUGGCUGUGCCAACUAUGGGCUGAAGCAUGUCGCUGCUGAAGGACAAGGAAACUUUAGUGACGACACCAUAAAGUUCAUUCAACGGAACUUCUACGUGGAUGAUGGAUUGUCAAGUGUAGCAUCCGAAGACCAAGCGAUCCAACUGGUGAAAGAAGCAAGAGAACUUUGCAGCACAGGCAAACUCCGGCUGCAUAAGUUUAUCUCUAACAGCAAGAAGGUCCUAGACGCAAUCCCAAAAGAAGAAUGUGCUGCAGCUGCCGAAGACAAGGACAUGGCACUGGGUGAACUGCACAUGGAAAGAGCACUCGGUGUGCAGUGGUGCGUGGCUUCUGAUGAGUUCCAGUUCAGAGUAAUCGUCAAGGAGAAUCCACUUACUCGAAGAGGAGUCCUGUCCACAGUCGCUUCAGUCUACGACCCUCUUGGAUUUGUGGCACCGUUCAUCUUGUUGGGAAAGCAGAUCCUGCAGCAGAUGUGUCGUGACAAGCUCAGUUGGGAUGACACCUUACCUGAUGACCUACGACCUCUGUGGGAAAGCUGGCUUCAAGACCUGCGAAAUCUAGCCGAGGUGAAGAUUCCAAGAUGCUACGUUCCAUCAAGCUUCAAGGUCCAACACUACGAACUCCACCAUUUCGCCGAUGCCAGUGAGUCAGGCUAUGGAGAGUGCUCGUACCUCAGAGCAGUGAGUACGUCAAGUGAAGUCCACUGUUCCUUUGUAAUGGGAAAGUCGAGAGUCGCUCCUACUAAGGUCACAACCAUACCAAGACUCGAGCUGUCAGCAGCAGUGGUAGCUGUCCGCACCAGUGACAUGCUCAAGAAAGAACUGGAAAUAGAAUGCCUACAAGAAGUCUUCUGGACUGAUUCAAGAGUGGUCCUUGGUUACAUCAAUAAUGAAGCCAGAAGAUUUCACGUGUUUGUGGCAAAUCGUGUGGAACGCAUCAAGCAAAGCACAGAGUCUACACAAUGGAAGUAUGUGGCUUCAGAAGAUAAUCCAGCAGACUACGCCUCAAGAGGUCUCACAGCAGAGCAACUGGUAUCCUCUAACUGGUUCACAGGCCCAGACUUUCUUUGGCAGAAGGAGUUACCAAGUGGAGAUGUCAAGGUGGGAGAGAUCACAUAUGACGAUCCUGAGCUUAAGAAGGUCCAGGUUCUCGACACCCAGGCGAAAGAAGUCAAGUCGCUGCUAGAUCGCCUACACAAGUUUUCAGACUGGUCCAAAAUGGUGAAAGCUAUCGCCAGACUCCAGCGCCAUGUGAAAGAAAUUAAAGGGCUUCAGCCAAAGUCCUGUGAAGCCUGCAGUUUGGAGGAAAGGAGAGAAGCGGAGUUGACAAUAAUCAAGAUGGUUCAAGAAGCAACCUUCUCACAAGAUAUACAGUUACUCCAAAGUGACAAGGAGACGCCAGUCAAGGGCAAAGCCAAUAAGUUGCACCGGUUAAGUCCAUUCCUGGAUGACCAAGGUGUCCUCAGAGUUGGAGGCCGCUUAACUCAUGCUGCCCUACAUCCACAGGUGAAGCAUCCAGCGGUCCUUCCAAAGGACAGUCAUGUGUCAAAUUUACUUGUCAAGCACUAUCAUGAAAGAGUGUACCAUCAAGGACGAGGAAUGACCAUGAAUGCGCUCCGAUCUAAUGGCAUAUGGAUACUGGGCUGCAGCAAGGCUGUAUCAUCCCAUAUCUACAAGUGCACUAAGUGCAGGAAGUUCAGAAGAUGCACUGAACAGCAGAAAAUGUCAGACCUUCCAGAGGACAGAAUGGAAACAGCUCCUCCAUUCACCUACUGCGGUAUGGACUGUUUUGGACCAUUCUACGUAAAGGAAGGAAGGAAAGAGCUAAAGCGUUAUGGAUUGUUACUUACCUGCAUGUGUUCCAGAGCGGUUCACGUUGAGAUGCUUGACGAUAUGACCACGGAUGCCUUCAUUAACGCAUUGCGUUCAUUCAUCGCCAUUCGUGGAAAGGUACGUCAGAUAAGAAGUGAUCAAGGAACAAACUUCGUCGGAGCAAGACGAGAGUUUGCUGAAGCAUUGAAAGAAAUGGAUCAGGAAGAGCUCAAGCAGCUUGGAUGUGAGUUCAUCAUGAACACCCCAGCUUCAAGUCAUAUGGGUGGCGUCUGGGAAAGACAAAUUCGCACCAUAAGAAGUGUCUUGACGUCCAUUCUAGAACAGUCAGCUACGCAGCUUGACUGCUCCUCUCUAAGAACGUUCCUGUAUGAAGUCAUGGCAAUAGUGAACAGUAGACCUCUGAGCACUGAUUGUCUAAAUGAUUCAUCCAGUCCAGAGCCCCUGACACCAAACCACAUUUUGACCAUGAAGUCCACGAUACUCGCUCCACCUCCUGGGAAGUUCGUCAAGGAAGAUCUAUACCUACGCAAGAGAUGGCGUCGAGUUCAAUUCUUAUCCAACCACUUUUGGACAAGAUGGAAGAAGGAGUACCUCCUGAGCCUCCAACAGAGACAGAAGUGGACCAAAGAUCGCAGGAAUGCAAAGGUCGGCGAUGUUGUACUCCUGCAAGAUGAUACUACAGCACGUAACCAGUGGAGGAUGGCAAAGGUUAUCGAAGUGUACCCAGGAAAGGAUGGGAAGGUGCGAAGACUCAAGUUGCUCAUCAGCGACUCAACCCUUGAUGAGAAAGGAAAGCGUAUCUCCAAACCUGUCCACCUGGAAAGGCCCAUCCAUAAGACGGUGACGCUGAUGGAAGCAGACUGAAGACUCCGACCUCUCUCUUUCUUUUCCUCCCCUCUCUCUCUCUAUCUGUCUCACUACAGGUGCAGUCAUGGUGAUCGUUCUCUGGGGAAGCCAAGGACUGAAGUUUAGUUUUUUUGUUUAUCCUUACUACGCAGUAUGUUGUCUCUCAAUAGUUGAAGGAAAUCAUAUACAUGUGAUAUGUUUUGGUGGGAGUGUAACUGCCUCUGUGUCAGUCAGCGCAGUAUUUCUGAGUUAUUUAUUUUGGUAGGAACCAAAGUUCUCUAAGGCGGAACCUUUGUUUUUGUAUCGCCCGUUUCCGUCAGGACAUACUUUAGCGUAACACUCAUCAAAAAAGUCCGCUGAUUUAGUACAUGUUUUUCAGUGCUGAUGCAUCUGCAAAAUAGCUCUUAGCAUCAAGAUAAACAAUCCUACAGAGUAAUGCCAAGCUACACAACUUUCCUCAUGCAAUGCAGCUACUAAGUUUUCACGGUCUGGAUGAACCAAAUAAAUCCUGCCAGUAAACAAAAAGGAAACUCGUUGCUGUCGUUUGUACUGAGGGAAUUAUAA